AUGAUGGCAGCACAGAGUUCAGCUUGUGCACAUCUUCCCCCCUUUUUGUGGUGGGAACCAAUAUUUCCUGCUCCGUUCCCCUGUUAUCUGGAAAUGCAGGGCACUCUUCCUGUGAGCUCACAGAAUGCAUUAGUUAAAUACCCAGUAGCCAGGAAAAGGGGGGUGAGGAGGGGCUUGCUUGCAGCCGGCUGAGAGGGAAGGGAGAGGGUCGGCACUGCACAUCUGUACUGGCUGCUUCUCACAUUCUAGGAACAAUACGUCCCUCAGUGGACAAGAUAAAAGAUGGAAGGCUUGACAUCUUGUUUAAAUGAAAUGCUCAACAGUGUUAAGGCGGCACAGGCCAAACUUGAUAGCAGCCCCUUCUCCAUGGGAGAAUUUCUUAAGAACGUUGGUGUUGCCAGCAAUCAGCCAACUGUGGUAAUGGGACGCAAACAGUAUGAAUGUGAUCUAUGUGGCCGCUGUUUCUCAGACCCUUCUAACUUGCGGCGUCAUAAAAACAUCCACACAGGAUUGAGGCCUUACGUCUGUGAUGCAUGUGGAAGUAGCUUCAGACAAAAAUCUCAGCUUGACCGCCACCGCCUAGUUCAUACAGGGGAACGCCCUUUCCAGUGUCCCUACUGCUCCAAAGGUUUUAGAGACUCUACCGAACUACGCGUGCAUUUCCGGGUGCACACAGGAGAAAGGCCCUACAGCUGUCCUGUGUGUCAGAAGAGCUUUUCCCGCAUCUGUUAUAUGAGAAAACAUCAGGAGAAACACACAAGAAUUGAAGAGAUUCUUCUACAAAGGCAAAACAAAUUGCAGGUUAUUUCUUCUGUGAAUGAAGAUGAGGAUUUGCCAGUGGAAUUCCAGUGUUCUUUCUGUAGCAAAUGGUUUGUCACAAGAGAAGAGCUUGAAGCACAUCGCCCUCUGCACCUUAAAUUCGGGCCUUCAGGACAGAAGCUGUAUGAAUGUGGAGAAUGUAAGAAAUGCUUUAAUAAUUCAUCAAAUUUGAGAAAACACACUGUUAUUCACACUGGGAUGAAGCCUUUCACCUGUAAUGUGUGUGACCAACGAUUCCGGCAAGCCACUCACCUUCAGCGGCACUACUUAAUCCAUACUGGAGAGAGGCCCUUCAAAUGUUCUAUUUGCCAGAAAGGAUUUCGUGACACUAGUGAUUUGUUAAAGCAUCAACGAGUACACACUGGAGAGAAACCUUAUCAAUGUUCUAUAUGUGAAAAAAGCUUUAAGCACCUGCAUAAUGCUCGACUUCACAGGCAAAGGCAUAUUAAAGAAAAACCUAUACUUGAUGAGCAUCCGACUUCCUCUCUUUACUCUCAGUCUAUAUUCUCAUUAAAAGACAGAGAUACAGAACCAGAAUUACAUUCUAGACAUAGAGCACUUGGCUAUCCUGCUGUUUGUGUAGCUGAAAAUGAAAACAGAGACAACAGCUUAAAAUGUACCCUUUGCACAAAAACUUUUGCUCGGGUUUCGGGUCUUCAUCGCCACUACCUGAUUCAUACAGGGCAUCGUCCUUUUGGAUGUCACCUUUGUGGCAAAACAUUUAGGCAGCUUUCCCAUCUUGACCGGCAUAAGCGAAUUCACACUGGAGAAAGACGCUACCAAUGUAUAACCUGCCAUAAAGCUUUCCGUGAAUCCAGUGACCUACUCCGUCACCAGCAGGUACACACCAAGGACAACUUAUUUUGUUGCCGCCAAUGCCAGAAGACUUAUUCACAAAUACAACAGCUUAAGGCACAUGAACUAAGUCAUGAGCAAAAUUCUUUUCUCAAAACUAAGAUUUUGGGGGAUGAUGAUGAGGGCAACUCGAUUGAAGUAGUUUUGAUGUAAGUUCUUAGGCCUAUGGAAGACAUCAAAUACACCAUCUAAACUGCUAGAGAAACUAGGAAGCAGAGAGAAGCUGCACUGAAAUGUGAAAAUGUAAUGUUAAAAUAUAUAAUCGUUCUAAUGAAAUUGCAUCCCCCUUUUUCUUUUGAUGCCUGUAUAAAUGCAAGCUUUUCUAGACGGCUGAAAUUAAGAACCUGCUAUUUCAGGGAAACUUAAAGAGCAGUAUUGUUCAUCUGGACUUCAGACCAUGUUUUCCAUGCAGCCAGGCUGCAUUAAGACCCCUGAUGUUUCAAAUGAAAUAACACUUGAAUGAUCUGUCCCCAGCAAUUUAUAUCAGUAAAGCAUAGGUAGUUAAGGUAAAUGCAUGACAAUAGAGUUUACAUGUGUAAAAAGCAUAUAUAGAAUAGCUACUGUUCACUGAAAUACAUUUCCAGUAGGACCAGCAAAUCAAAAUGCCAAACUAUUCACUUCUGUCAUGUUUUGAGCACCACACACUUAGCACUUACAAACGUGAAAACUGCAAUCUAUACCAGUUGAACUUUUGCUGGCAGUUUGCAUCUUGCUGCACUUUUACUACUGUUACUGGCCCUGUGUUAUCUAAAUACAAUGUCCAUAGAUUGAUGGGGUUAAAAGGUAAUAAUGGAUUUGUACAUAUAUGUAUAUAUAUGUAAUUUGCCAAUAAACCAAAACACUUUAGAUCCAUUAAUAAAAUAAAAUGAAUUGCCUCUAUAAUAAGCAUGUAUUAGGGAUAUGUCACAAGGGCAUUUUCAUUAAUGCAAGCCAUAGUAAUUAAAAACAGCUCAAUGCCAAUUAGUCCCCCUGUAUGAAAUGUUUUAAUCUGAAAAAUCACAAAUGCAUUUGUUUACUUUUGGGUUUUGAUUGCCACUCAAGUGCCUCACACCUUGGGCCUUAGAGCUUUUCCUGCUGAUUGGAAUGGUGAGGAACUGCAAUUUGUGGGAGAUAUCAAUUAAAUGUAUGCAAUGUAUAGAACUUCUUUAAUAUACAAAUCACUAUCCUUGGCUAAAAUGAUGUUUACCCCAAAAAUAUUAUGUGGCUCAGAAAUUCUAUUUAAUUCCUCCACUUGCGGACUGCCAUCCACCCUGUUUUGUAGCUUAACUGGAAACUUUUGUAGUUUGUAAAUGGACUUUUAGGAAACCUUACUUAAUUUUCCUAAGUAAGACUUUGUACAUUUUGCUGAUUUGUAUGUGAUACCACAAUAAACAUCUAAAAAA